GUUGUGGAGGAUGAUGAGCAGGCUUUGAACAAGACUAGCAAGAUGAGUUUGACAUCAUGGUUCCUGGUCAGCAGCUCGGGCACACGACACCGUUUGCCACGAGAGAUGAUCUUUGUUGGUCGAGAGGAGUGUGAGUUAAUGUUGCAGUCUCGCAGUGUGGAUAAGCAGCAUGCGGUAAUCAACUAUGACCCUGCUACAGAUGAACAUCUUGUCAAGGACCUGGGCAGUCUUAAUGGGACAUUUGUGAAUGACCUCAGAAUUCCUGACCAGACCUACAUCACCCUCAAGAUGUCUGAUGUUAUUCGCUUUGGAUAUGAUGCUCAUGUUUAUAUUCUGGAGAAGAGUCAACACAAGGUUCCAGAGGAAGCCCUAAAGCAUGAAAAGUACACCAGCCAAUUUCAGAUUGGCCUAAGAGCUCAUGAGACCAGGAAACGUGAGCAGGCUGAGCUGAAGACCCGGAACACUGAAUCCUCUGGCUCUAAACCUGAUAAGGCUGAGCUUAAAACACUCACAGACACUCCAGUCCACAAACCCACUCCGCUGUAUGGACAGCCCUCAUGGUGGGGUGAGGAUGAUGAGCCUGGGGGUCAGGACAGUGAUGGGAGAAGGCCUAAUGACGACCACACAGAGAACACUAAGGAAAACUCUAGACAUACACCUGAAGUCAAACAGUCCCCACCUGAAAGUAAAGAGGACCAGGACAAGUCUAUCUACUCAUACCGCAGGGAACCCAGUUACUUUGAGAUCCCCACCAAAGACUUUUCACAGUUGAAAACAGUCAGGACAGAAGACCAGGAGAUUCCAACAAAAGACACUAAUGCUACAGCCACUCCAACACCACCUGUGGUGCAGAGCCAUGCCUCUUUCACCAUAGAAUUUGAUGACUGCACCCCAGGAAAGAUGAAGAUCAAAGAUCAUGUCACAAAGUUUUCCUUCCGCCAGCGCAAGAAUCCUUCCAAGGAAGCUACAGCCACACCAACUGAAGUCAUGUCUGUAGAGAAUAAAGUCACUGAUUGGCUAGCACAGAAUAACGUAAGCAUGAGGAGCUCUAGGUCUGAUAACCUGUGUAGCACUAAGGGCGACAUGUCCACAGAUGAUAAACAUCAUCAUGAUGGCCAAAGUGACAGUGAUUCUGAAGGUCCUGUCAACGAUGACAAGGGCAGCCUAAUAUCACAGCCUCCGACAGGGUCUGAGACAUUGUCUCAGCAGGGUUUACUCUCGGAGUUUGUGAUGUCACAACCUUUUAUUUCUCCUGAAAAUGAGGAACCUACAGGAGCUAAACCUGACCACCAACAGGCUUUCAUCAUAGAGUUCUUUGACAACAAUCCUCGCAAAAAGCAGGCACAGUCCCUAAAUAUGUCCCCUCCAGAUUCUCUCAAGAGCAAGCCAGACAAGAGGAAGGUUACCUCUCAGGUUGAAUCAGCUGGAUCUAACACACACACACAACGAUUGACCAUUCCCCUGAAUGACUCAGGUAAUUUCCAAAGAGGUGGUUCUCUGAGAAGAGAGAAGACCGACAUUCGGAUGAGUGCCUCUAAUUUUUCUAGCCGAUCUGCCUCUUCCAAGCCCUUUGGGAGCCUGGGCCGUAACUCCAGACUGGCUCGAGAUUUUACUGCUCUACUAAAGGCAUCAAAGUCAAAUUCUUCUGACACAUCGCCUGCCCACUCCCAUUCCCCAGACAUUAAUCUGACUUGCACCCCGUACCCCACCCAUCAAGCAGUGCCCUCGAAACCCAGUCACAUGUCCCAUGCUCAGCAGGACACAGAAGCCAAGAGCCCCAAGGGUCCAAAACAUGAGGAGGAGGACAGCCUGAGUGAUGCAGGCACUUACACCAUUGAGGCAGACGGACCAGAUAAAGACUUAGAGGAGGCUCGUAGCAGGAUUGAUCAGGUGUUUGGUGUUGGUGAGUGCUCUGAGCACAGCAGCCAACCAUCAGGAGCAGCAGCUGCAUAUAAGCCUGUAGUCCUAGAGCAGAGGCAAGGGCAAGAUAGCCUUGCAGAUAGAGAGUUUAGGCCUUCAGUGCUGAGCCAUAACCCAGCAAAUCUUAGAGACCUAUCCAUGGGUCCAGCGCAGAUGAGAUCAGUUGACUUAGUGAAUUCUGGAGGCCCCAAAUGGGUUUCUCGUUGGGCAAGCUUGGCAGACAGCUACUCUAACUCAGGCCAUGUGUCGGGACUCUGUAACAUCCCAGCACAAAAGGAGCGUGUAGAUGGAGGAGGACAAAUUAUCCACCAGGCAAUGCUUAACCAGAACUCUGACACCACAGAGUCUGAAAUUGGUCAAAGUCACAGAGCGCGACGGGUUCUCCCACAGGUCCCAUCGAAAGAAAAGACAGAGACUACACUCCCAAGCAUUCUCACACAGCAAUCUUACCUGACCUAUGAAGCUGUGGAGAGGAGGGAAGUCCUGCGAACACAGGACGAUAUCAACAAACUGCGUGUACAAGAAGAUCUGGACCCUGACAGUCUGAGUGACACUAGCAAGUCUGAUGAUGGUUCCAUGGAGCAAUGCAGGAAGUACUCUGCCAAACAGGAAACAGUGGUCAAACUUGGCAAGACCGGGAGAGACAAAGGUUCUCCUCAGAAGUUCUCAACAGCUACCUUAACAAGACCUGGCAAGCCUAAUUCCUCUGCUCCAAAUUUGGAGUUCCAAGAUAAGGAGUCUAAGGAGGUCUCUGUGUCCCUUGUCAGACAAGAGAGUUUCACAAAAGACAGACCCAGUGAUGAUGUCUAUGUCACCAGACUGCCUCAAAUCACUAGUCAUUUGUCUACGAGGGAGGGAGACCCUACACAUUCCCUUCAGGGCAUGUACAGUCAGGACACACAGUCGUACCUCAAAGACACAGAGGCUGCUCUUGCAGCACUGGAAUCUAAACUGCAAGGAAGACGUCAGGGCCAGCAGCUUGCUGGCAGUUCCUACCUUCUAGAGGACUCUCUCUCUGGGGACUCAGAUGUGGAUACCUCAAGCACAGUCAGCCAACAGAGCAACAGGAAUGCCCCCAGCACGACUGUCAAGAAGCCUGUUGUCCUCAGCAACAACAGCAGGCAGAAAUCCCCUACCAGUCAGCACAACCAGGAGCCAAACCAAUCACAGCAGUCAAGUCAAGAGCUCUUUUCAGACCAUCGCAGCUUCAGUGCUGCAGCGAAGGACAGUAAGGUGGAGCCAAGCAGGAGCUACCAGUUGCAAAACAGCACAGGGAAACACAGAGUUCUCGACUUAAGCAACGACCACCAGGACUCCAACAAACGUUAUUUGCCAGACACCGUCUCUUCAGACCAGGAGUUCAGCUCAAAGCCCUCUGCCAGUAGAAAAAUCUCUGUACCCCUGAAAAAGGAUGACUCCAGUAAAUCCUUAAGAAGCAUGGUAGCUAAGGCACUAGGUCGUUCCAACAGCCUCUCUGCUCCAAGGCCCACACGAACCUCAAUGCUCCGACGUGCUCGUCUGGGCGAGGCAUCAGACAACGAGAGUGCAGAGACAGACCGCACAUCCCAGAACUCUGAUCCUAAUAUCCCUGCCACCAAGGGGGCACAAGAGAGCAAGAAACUCUCCCGUCUAGACUUAUUGGCUCUACCAAGGAGGAGGACGGGUUCUUUCACCACAACCAGUGACACAGAGUCGUCUACUCGACGGACAGGUUUCUCCAACCGUAGCUCUGAAUCCAGUAGCUCUGUGCGGAAAGCCUCUGUGCCUCCUGAGGCCAAGACAGGCACUCGUAGGGGCACAGGACCAACAGGAAAACAGCCCAUCAUCCGUGGACGCUCCAGCAGUGCAAAAUAUGCCAGCAGCUCUCGGAGGCGUCAGAAGGGCUUAGACUACACAUCCACCUCAGAGGAGGAGUAUGAAUCCAACCACAACAUUUCCAAACACAAACGCUCCCAUAAUUCAGCAGCCUUGCAGGUGCUCCGAGCCCAGGCGCCCAGCCUAACCCAACCCAAACCCAGAGCUGUUCAUUCAGAGGAGGAAUGCCACAGCGGUGAUGCUUUUCAAAACUGGACCUCCCACAGCGCAGAGAUUGCCAGGUUGAGUCAGGACCUGGCCAAAGACCUAGCUAUUCUUGCUCGAGAGAUCCAUGAUGUUGCAGGAGACGCUGAGCCCCAAACCUCCACCACCAAGGACUCAAAGACUUCUGCCCGCUCCAUAUCUGCUCAUGAAGAGUUGCAGCAUAAUGUUCCUGUGGCCAGUCCAAUGUACCAGAAAGUUAGAAAGUUAGUAAGUUCAUCAGGGGAGCCUGCCUGCACGAUAAAUGAUGAAAAAUCAAGCUUAAAACAGCAGAGCCGGAACAAAGAGGAGGUCAUUUUUGACAAUGUGGUGUUGAAUCCAGUUUUUCAGCUUUCUCAGGCCAUCCGAGAGAACACAGAACAGCUGAUGGAGAAAAUCAAGGUGCUGUUCCAUAAUAAAACAGAAGUUUGGAAGGAGAUUGAGGCUAAACUCAAUACCUCUGAGUAUGAUCCUGCACUGAACACCUCAAACAAGAAAAUUACGUCUAUUUUGGGAGACCUUAGGACAAUUCAGAAGCAGCUUGAAGUCAUCAACAUUAUCAUUGACCCCAGUGGAAACCAAGACCUGGGCAAGAAUUUUGCUGCUGGAAGCCCCUCUCCACUAGGCAUGACGACCUCCAGAACUUCUAGGGACUAGAAAGCUGCU